UUCAACGUCCUGCAGCUGAAAAACACCACAGAAGAAGAAGAAACCAAAGAAAGAGAAGAAAGAGGAGCAGAUGAGAGAAGAAAGAUCAUCUCUUCUCUGCGGGAAUCUAAACUUUUUUACUUCAUUGUUUACUUUUUGUUUGUUUCUUUCUGUUUUUGUUUGUUUGAAUCCCACAGACAGGAGGGCUGUGAAACUGGGUUAACUCUGCAGAUUAAACUGGCCCCUUUCUCUCUCUCUCUCUCUCCCGGUCCAUGAAGGAUGUCAGCGGGGUGUGUCGCCGCCCUCAGCCGUCCCUGAGGCUCUGUCAGCCGGCUAACGGAGCUCUGACGUCCCGCUCUAUAUGUCAGUUUACCCACAACAGAUGAGGAUCAUUAAUCCAGGGCAGGACCACUUUAACCCCGGACAGGUUUAUUAAGCCAGGACAGGACCACUCUAACCCGGUAUAGGACCAGUUCAAUCCAGGACAUCCUUAACCUUUGGACAGGACCAGUUUAACCCUGGACCUCGUUGAUCUGGGACAGGACCAGUUUAACCCAGCACAGGAUCAUUAAGAUGGGACUGAACCAGUUUAACCCUGGACCUUAUUGAUCUGGGUCAGGAUCAGUAUAACCCUGGACCUCACUGAUCUGGGACAGGACCAAGUUAACCCAUUAAGAUGGGACCGGACCAGUUUAACCCUGGGACAGAACCAGUUUAAAUCUGGACAGGAUCAUUGACCUGGAACAGGACCAGUAUAACCUUGGAUAGGAUCAUUUCCAGGUCUAAGUCAGGACCAGCCUGACCUCCGGCUGUGUGGGUUCAGGAUGCCCUCAGAGUUGACUGCAGGUGUGUUCAUCAGGGUUCUGCUGCCCUUUACUUUGACUGCAGUGUGCGUGCUCCGGUUUAAUGGAUUCUCCUUGGUGUACGUCCUCCUGCUGCUGCUGCUGCCACUGCAACCUGACCCCGCCCCCUCCUCAGGUAACGUUUGUCGCUGUGUGAUGGUGCUGUGUGUCUCCAGCUUCCUCUUCCUUUCGCUGCAGUCGAUCUACCAGCUGACCACCCUCAACCAAUCAGAGAUGAACUGUACGUCGUGGCAGAAAUCGCUGAGUCAGCUCGGCCUUGUGAGUCUAACAGGAAGUGAUGCGGGCUCUGCAGUGAGGCAGCUGUGUCCAGAUGUCGGCGUGCUGGUCGUCAGUUUGCUGACGUGGAGGCUGAUUGUGAAACUAAACACCAACACACAAACGCAGUCUCAGCAGGAGGUCCCGCAGCAGCAGGAAGAGGAGGAGGAGGAGGUGCAGCAGCAGGAGGAGGAGCUGAUGUUUGAGGAGGCCUCUGUGCUCAGUGAGCAGGAGGAGGAGGAGGGAGGCAGCAGGAACAGGGUGCUGCUGGAACUGGAGCAACUGGUGUGCAAAGCCAGGAGGAUUGUGGGAAAUAUGACAGCCACAGGGGGACGGGUCCUUCUGACGGUCCUGAUGGGAGUCACUGGCAUUGUCUUCCCCUCCCUCUCCUCCCUCCUCUACCUCCUUUGUUUCCAGGUGUUGUGUACCUGGUGGGCGUGGUCAGGCCACCUCCCACCAUUCCUCUUCAGGUGUGCGUCUAUGAUGUCACUAGUGUACUGCCCCUCCCACUUCCUGCUUUUCUACUGUUAUCAGCUGCCCUCGCUUCAGGACGUGUGGCCUCCCAACAGCACCUCUGCCAGCGUGAUGGGCCUGGUCUCGGUGGUCUCUGUGGACUGUGCUGCCCCCUGGAGGCUGCAGGUGAACACUGAGCUCAGCUGGUUUCACUUCUGCAGUCCUCUGAUGCUUCUGCUGCUCUACAACACUGUGGCCGCUCUGUGGAGGAACAAGCUGAUAGAUGAGAGAAGUGGGUGUGAUGUUGAGACAUCAGAGUCCCCUUUCAGUCAGAGCUGUGACAUCAUCACCGCCACUAGUAACCUGAGUGAUGAUUUCACUGGUGACAUCACAGCGGAGAGAAGGCGGGAGCUGUGGAGGAGGGCUCACGAUCGCCCUGAGUUUAGAGACGUACUCACCUCUUCCACCAAUGACAGUCCAUCAAACUCUUUUGCUCCUCCCACCCAAAGCACAGCUCUGGGAUUGGAUGUGUCCUCAACACCUCACUACUCACUCAGCCAAUCAGACACGUUGGAGACAUGUGCGUUUGAUGAGGAGGAGUGGGAGGAAGAGGAGGAGGAUGAAGAGGAUCGGAUGAGGAUGGAGGAAGAUGGAGUGAGUGCGGCCUCGAUGGCGUUCAGUUUCCUCCUCAAACAGAGUUACAUCUGCGCUCUGAUCGCCAUGAUGGCGUGGUCCAUCACAUACGUGUCCUGGCUGACAUGUGUCCUGCUGCUCUGGUCCUGCGUCCUCUGGAUGAUGCGAGAGCGUCGGCAAUACACACUGAUGUCAUCGCCCUGGCUGGUCAUAUACGGAAACCUGCUGGUCAUCCUACAGUACGCCUACAGCUUCCCCACUGUCGUCGAAGUCCCUGGACUGUUCCCCCGUAAAGACGAUCCCUGCAGAGAGCUCGCCUCAAAGUUGCUGUGUCUGCUGAGUUUCUGGUUGCUGCUACGUCAGGCGCUAACAGAGAAGAGAGACAGGAAGAAAGAUGAAGAGACGGACGCCCAGCUGUCCUCCAUCACAGUCCACCUGGAUGGGGAGCAGACGGUGGACGAGCAUCUUCAGGAAAAGAAGCAGGAGGUUUCCUGUGAGGAGGUGCUGCUCCUGCAGGCUGGAGGAGGAGUGAAGAUGGAGGCUCUUGUUGCUGUGAUCACUAGGAUGUUUGUCAAGUACUGGAUCUAUGUCUGUGGAACGAUGUUCUUCUUUGUGAGCUUUGAGGGGAAAAUCGUCCUGUACAAAGUCAUCUACAUGGUCAUGUUCCUGUGCUGCGUCGCCCUCUACCAGUUGAACUAUGAGCGCUGGCGUUCCUUGCUCCGGGGUUUCUGGGUAGCGGUGGUUGUUUACUCCAUGCUGGUUCUCAUCCUGGUCUACACUUUCCAGUUCCCGUCCUCCCCUCACCUGUGGAGCUACUACACUGGACUCAGUACACACAGGUUGGAGGACGUUGGUUUGGAGAAGUUUUCAGUUCCUGUCCUCUUCACUAAGAUCUUCAUCCCUGCUGCGUUCCUCCUGGUGUGCAUCGUACACCUGCACUACUUCCACGAGCCUUUCCUGCAGCUGACCGACCUGAAGACUGUGGUGGACACGCACAACAGCACCAUCACCAGGCUGGUCCACUCUGACGGCAGCCUGUAUGACCUGUCGCUGGGUAGAUCUCCUCAGCUCAUCAAGGAGGAUGAAAAGGGAGAACAGAGAGAGAUGGAAGAGGAGAAAGAGAAGAAAUGGAUGAAGGGAGAGGACAUAGAGGCAGAGGAGAAGUUCCCCUGCAUGUUUGAUGGGGAGUCCCUGUCUGACCACCUCACAGUCCUCGUCUCCUGGAGGUUGGUGGUGGAUCGUCUCUCUGUUUUGUUCCUGCGCCUCCUUCUCUCCCUGCAGAGUCUGCAGCACCUCCUCUGGUGGUUCCUGGAAUUACACAUUGUCAAGAUCGUUUCCUCCUACAUCAUCUGGGUCUCUGUGAAAGAGGUGUGUGUGAUGAACCUGCUCUUCGUGCUGUGCAUGGCGGUGGCUCUUCCCUGCAGGCCGUGGCGCCCCCUGCUGUCAGGAGUGUGUACGGUUUGGACCUGUGUGCUGACCGUUUGUAAGAUGUUGUACCAGCUCAACGUGGUUCAGCCAAUGAGAUACUCCUCUAACUGCACCAUGCCUGGUAACUCCAGCACCGACCUGUCUCACUCUGUGCUCUACUCUGGACCCAUAGACCCCGCCCAGUGGGUGGGGCUUCAUAAGACAGAGGGGAAACUGCUCGACUAUCUGAGGUAUAACCUCAUGAUGUUGGCGCUACUAGCCUUUGAGGUGACCAUUUACAGACACCAAGAGCUCUACCGUCUUCGUCAUGAAAAAGUCCCGCCCCCUACUCGGACAUUGUUUCAUGACAUCACCAGGUGUCACCUGGACGACAGCCUGAUGAGCUGUGUGAAGUACUUUAUCAACUACUUCUUCUACAAGUUUGGGCUGGAGACCUGCUUCCUGCUGGCUGUUAACGUGAUUGGCCAACGGAUGGAUCUGUUUGCUGUUUGUCACGCCCUCGGCCUCAUCACCGUCCUAUCCCAGCGCAGCAGGAAACGCAUUAGUGCUGUGUGGCCAAAGUACUGCUACUUCCUGUCAGUGCUGCUUUGUUUCCAGUACUUGCUGUGUAUUGGAUUCCCUCCAGCAGCCUGUAAAGAUUAUCCAUGGAGACCUCCAACCUCAAACGUUGAUUCCAAUGUCGUGAAGUGGCUUUUCCUUCCAGAUCACCUGACACCACCAAACCCACUCUUCCUCCUCUACGACUUUGCCCUCCUCCUCGGAGCCUCUCUGCAGCUGCAGGUUUUUGAGGAGGAGCUCCUGGAGACGGUCCAGCUCCUCGCUGGAGAAAACUGUGAGCAGGACGAAGAUGACGGACAGGUUUCUGAUCCAAUCAGGAAGCUUGGUCUCAGCACAGUCCCAGACUUUAUGAUGUGCAGGUCUUACCUGGACAUGAUGAAAGUGAUCAUCUUCAGCUACAUGUUCUGGUUUGUCCUCACCAUCAUCUUCAUCACCGGCACAACCAGGAUCAGUAUCUUCUGCAUGGGUUACCUGGUGGCCUGUUUCUACUUCCUGCUGGUUGGUGGAGACCUGCUGCUGAAACCAGCCAGAUCCAUCCUGCUGUACUGGGACUGUCUGAUUGGCUACAACGUGUUUGUCAUUACGAUGAAGAAUAUUCUGUCGAUCCUGGCCUGUGGUUUCAUUAAAUCGUUGGUUCAGAAUCACUGCUGGCUGAUUCAGCUCUUUAGUCUGGCCUGCACCAUCAAAGGAUACACCAAACCGGAGCAGCAGAGCAGUAAACAGUGUGAAUUGCCUAGCGACGAGGCAGGGAUCAUCUGGGAUGGCGUGUGUUUCUGUUUCCUGUUGCUGCAGAGACGAGUCUUCAGGAGUCACUACUUCCUGUUUGUGGUCCUGGACCUGCAGCACACACAACUACUGGCCUCCAGGGGGGCGGAGCUCUUCGAGGCAUCCACGGUGAAAGCUGUCAGAGCGAGACUGGAAGACGAGAAGACGUCGAUGGACCUGCUGAAGAGACAGAUGGAGAGGAUUAAAUCUCGGCAGCAGAAGUUCCGCAGAGGAAAAGAGAAGUUGUUGAGUUUGACCCAUGAAGGCUUCCAUACUGAUGGUCCAGAGAAGAAGAAGGGGCGAGGAAAGAAGGAGUGGUGGAGGCCCUGGGUAAACCAUGCCUCCAUGGUGAGGAGCGGAGAUUAUUACCUGUUUGAGACGGACAGUGAGGAGGAGGAGGAAGAGGAGGAGAAAAAGGGACAGGAGCCACCUGAGAAAUCAGCCUUCCAGUUCGUCUAUCACGCCUGGAUCACUGACUCCAGAACAGCUAUGAGAGCACGCAUCAACCAGAAGAAACUGUGGAAGAAGAACUUCUCGGAGCGAAGAAGCAGGAAGGAGGAGAGGCGCACAGGUCCUGGACUCAUAGAGGUAACAGAGGAGACUGUGGAGGAGGAGGACGAGCAAGAGGAGGAGGAGGACGAGCAAGAGGAGGGACCAGACACGGUUCUUCAAAGGUUCUCCAACACACUGAGGUUCUUUUGGGUUCUGCUAUCGGCUCUGCUGGACUCUCUAACGUCCUGGCUCAGGGGUCUGUGUCAGGAACACAUCGACAUCUCCACCGUCCUCCGCAUCGAGCGCUGUAUGCUAAUGCAGCAGGCUAAGCAGGGCCUCGUUCCCAGUAGAGACGCCAUCCACCAUUACUACCAAGAACAGAUGAUAAACACCUCCACAGAGUCCGGCCUGGACUCCAUUACCCAUGAGGCCACAGGACAGAGAGAGGAAGGAGAGGAGGCAGAGGAGGCAGAGGGGGGAGAACAAGCUAAUUCUGAUACAGACCUCAAACCAGAACCGUCUUCUCCACAUAAACCUGAAUCAGAGAGGUCAGAGGGCGACCCACCUGUUCAAAGGGACGAUUACCCAGAAUCCCUUGUGGUGAAGAGAUGGCGACCCAAACUGAGCAGGAUGGAGAGAGUCCAGUCUUCAUCAUCGUCGUCAUCAGAGGGAGAGACAACUGACACUGAAGAUCCAGGCCAGCAACUUCCUGUUGAUACACAGCUAAAGUCCACCCCUAGCUCCCCCUCCUCCCCCGUUCUCCCUCCCUCCUACAGCCUGGCACUGAAUCUGGACCAGCAGGAGGAGGAGGAGGAGGAGGAGCAUGGGAGGAGGAGGGGGGAGAGGAGCGACUUUCUGUCGGACUCUGCCUCUCGUACUCAGGAGCUAACAGCCAGCGAGCUGCUGAGGAACAGGACGUUCUAUGCCGAGGAGCUGGAGGCAUCAGACUGUUUCUAUGGAAACCAGCACCAGCUGCUCCAGCUGGCCUACGCUCUUUAUAACAUCCUGGCUGCCAGGUCGGAGACGGUGUGUUACCUGGUCAUCGUGUUGAACCACAUGGUGUCUGCCAGCUGCCUCACGCUCGUCCUCCCGCUGCUCGUGUUCCUCUGGGCGACGCUCUCCGUCCCCCGACCCAGCAAGACCUUCUGGAUGACCGCCAUCAUCUACACCGAGGUCACCAUCGUCAUCAAGUACUUCUUCCAGUUUGGGUUCUUCCCCUUCAACCAGAAGCUGGAGCUGGACCGGUCCAAACCGUUCCACCCACCAAACAUCCUGGGAGUGGAGAAGAAGGAAGGCUACGUCCUGUAUGACCUUCUGCAACUGCUCGCCCUCUUCUACCAUCGUGCCAUCCUCAAGUGUCAUGGACUAUGGGACCAGACGGUUUCUACAGAAACAGAUUCCCUCCGUCACCAUGACAGCCAGGCCGCCUCAGGCCAGGGCGCAGCCUCCGCUGACCCCACCGACACGCUGCGACAUCGAGGCCGAAGACGGACGCGCUCUAGCUCCACCCAGCUGCGCUCUCCAGCAGGCAGUGUUAGCUCCAGAUCUCAGCCUCUCAGCAGGGUCGACCUGCUGCUGGAGAAACUCAAAGAACUUUCCAUCAGAGCCAAGAACAGCUGUGUCAGCAGGUCCAUGUCUCUCUAUCAUCCUGUUCGUCACUUCUUCAGAGCUCUCGUCCAACCAGAAUACAGCGCUGUGACUGACGUCUACGUCCUGAUGUUCCUCGCCGACACGGUCGACUUCAUCAUCAUCGUCUUUGGCUUCUGGGCCUUUGGAAAACACUCUGCAGCUGCUGACAUCACUUCCUCUCUCUCAGAGGACCAGGUCCCUGAGGCAUUCCUCGUCAUGGUUCUGAUCCAGUUUGGUACCAUGGUCAUAGACCGAGCUCUGUAUUUAAGGAAGACCGUUCUGGGGAAGCUGGUCUUUCAGGUGAUUUUGGUUUUUGGGAUUCACUUCUGGAUGUUUUUCAUUCUACCCACUGUCACAGAGAGGCGUUUUAAUCAGAACCUGGUGGCUCAGCUCUGGUAUUUCGUGAAGUGCGUGUACUUUGGCCUCUCAGCCUAUCAGAUUCGUUCAGGUUAUCCGACACGUGUCCUUGGAAACUUCCUGACGAAGAGCUACAACUACCUGAACCUCUUCCUGUUCCAGGGGUUCCGUCUGGUUCCGUUCCUGACUGAGCUGCGUGCAGUGAUGGACUGGGUGUGGACGGACACAACGUUGUCUCUGUCCUCGUGGAUCUGUGUGGAGGACGUCUACGCCCACUGCUUUGUCUUAAAGUGCUGGAGGGAGUCAGAGAAGAGGUACCCUCAGCCUCGAGGGCAGAAGAAGAAGCGGGUAGUGAAGUACGGGAUGGGCGGGCUCAUUGUUCUGCUGCUCAUCUGUAUCGUCUGGUUCCCGCUACUCUUCAUGUCACUCAUAAAAUCUGUCGCCGGAGUCGUCAACCGACCGCUGGACGUCUCACUGACCAUCACGCUGGGAGGCUUCCAGCCGAUCUUCACGAUGAGCGCUCAGCAGAAUCAGCUCAGAGAUCUGACUGAAGGAGACUUCACCUCCUUCGUCUCCUCCUACAGCUACGAACCAAGUGCCUUGCAGUUUCUGGAGGCGUACGGUGCUGAGGACGUGACAGUGGCUGAGCUGCAGGGCAGCAGCAACUCUCUGUGGACCAUCAGCCCGCCCAGCAGGACCUACCUGAGCCAGGUGUUACACCUGGAGCACUUCCCCCUGACCCUGUCCUGGACCAUCCAAAGGAACUUGAGUCUGGGGGCGAAGGCAGAGCUUGCAUCAGGUAAACAUGUCACCUACCUGGAUGACCAGACUCGCCUGGAACUGAUCGAACUGCUGAACGGAACCAGGACACUUCCUGUGGUCAUACAGGACGUUUUUCCAUGUUUCAUUCGAGCUCCGAGUGACUCCAACGCCAAACCAAUCGAACAGCUGUACAAAGAUGAUACCUACAUGAACAUUCUGCUGGCGCUGGAGCGCUCAACCAAUCAGAGCCGAGAAAUCCAGGAAUGGUGGAUUGUUGAUCAACCAUCUACCACCUUCUUGCACGUUGGAGGUGGGACCUUACCGAGUGACAGGAGGGAGGCGGGGCUUCAGCUGUUUGUGUUCAGUGAUAAAGUCAGCCCUCCGAGUCUGGGCUUCCUGGCAGGAUAUGGCAUCAUGGGAUUGUACGCGUCGGUGGUGUUGGUGAUUGGAAAGUUCGUGCGUGAGUUCUUCAGCGGGAUCAGCCACUCCAUCAUGUUUGAGGAGCUUCCGUGUGUCGACCGCAUCCUCAAACUGUGCACCGACAUCUUCCUGGUGAGGGAGACAGGUGAGCUGGAGUUGGAGGAGGAGCUUUAUGCCAAACUGAUCUUCCUGUAUCGAUCACCUGAGACACUGAUCAAAUGGACCAGACGAUGACUUGGACAUUAUCAGCUACAGGAGACUUUCAGGCUCUUAUUUUGAAAGUUUGAAGUAAAAGUAAAAGCUGGAGAACACCACCUUCAGUCCUAGUGACCAAUAGGACCACCUGCUGGGAGGAGCCAACUUGCUGAUGUGAGCAUGAUGUUUCAAGGCAGACGUCAGUCAUAAAGACUAUAAUUAUUAUAGACUUAUCCAUCCCUUAACAGGCCUUGAAUGUUUUAGAAGGGCCUGAAAAAGUGAUGGAACCUUCCUGGGAAACAUGAAACAGUCCUGGAACAGUCAUGGGAUACAAGAAACAGGCCUGGAAAACCUGGAAGAGUCCUAGAAUAGUCACUCAAAACUUCAGUCCUUGAGAAAUGUUUUAAGUCCUGGAAAACUUUGAAAAGUCCUGGAAUAGUCCUGAGAAACAUUAACUAAAUCUGGACAAGUCCUGGAAAAACUUGGAAAUCCUGGAAACAUCCUGGAAAACCUGGAGAAGUCCUAGAAUGCAUCCAGAAAAUUUGUUAAGUCCUGGAGCAGUUUUUGAAAACAUGGAGCAGAGCUGGAAAAUUCCUGGAGCCAGCCUCUCGUACCUGAAUAGUCACUGAACACUCAGUAAGCAGCCAGAGUGUACAACCAAUGAGAGAGAAGGGUCUAAAUCCAAGCCAACCCACUAUCAAAGUUGGAGCCAUGUGAUUGGACAUGGUGUUAAAAUCUUACCUGUAAUGCUUCCUAGAUGUUUGUCACAGCGUAUAUAGAGACAGCGGACAUCAUUUAUCUAAAUUAUUUUCAUGUUUACAAAAAACAUUCAGUGUUUACGAUUUAAAACCUCCAAUCAGGUUUACAUUAGCUCAUGUUAGCUUUGUUUUAGCUUUGUGUUUGCUUUAUUAGAUGUGUUAGCUUACUGUUAGCUGUGUUAGUUUUGUGUUAGCUUUGUUUUAGCUUUG